GGCGUGGAAAUCAAGAACAAGAAACUCGAACAAUUCACAGCGCCCACUCCUCAAAACACACCCAUCAACCCAGCCCCCAUUACCUCCAGUUACCGUCCUACUGUCAACACUAUCUCUGAAGAUAUGGAAACUAUCACUACAAAAGGUAUUGUUCGUGCUGCCUCUGGUCUUGCCGGUGCGUUCACUGGUAACCCCGCUCUUUUGAGCAUGUUGCAAGGCAAACUCGGUACACUUGUCGGUCGCUCUUCCGGUUACAUCGAAUCGCUUCCUGCUCCCGUGAAGCGUCGUAUCAACGGUUUGAAAUAUCUUCAGUCCAAGCACGCCGAGUUGGAGAGCCAGUUCCAGGAAGAAGUCUUGGCUUUGGAGAAGAAAUAUCUCGAAUUAUAUCGUCCCUUGUACGAGAAGCGUACUGAAGUCGUCACUGGCAAGUACGAGCCUACCGAUGAGGAAGUCGCUCUGGGUGAAAAGGUUGACGCCGAAGAGGAAGAUGAACAAGAAGGAAAGAAGGAUGAGAAGAAGGAUGAAGAAGAAGAGGAAAAGGAACCCGUCAAUGGUAUUCCCGAGUUCUGGUUGACACUUCUCAAGAACCACCCCCAGAUUGGUGAAACCAUUACCGAUGCUGAUGAGGAAGCUUUGAAGCACUUGAUCGAUGUGCGCAUGUCUUACAUGGAUCAGCCUGGUUUCCAGUUGGAAUUCGUGUUUGAAGAAAACGAUUUCUUCACCAACAAGUCGUUAACAAAGACCUACUAUUACCAAGAUCACGCUUACGGUGGUGACUUUGUCUACGACCAUGCUGAAGGUUGCGAAAUCCAAUGGAAGGAGGGUAAGGAUUUGACCGUCACUGUCGAGACCAAGAAGCAACGUCACAAGGGUACCAACAAGACCCGUGUGGUCAAGCGCACUGUGCCUGCCGAUUCCUUCUUCACUUUCUUCAGCCCCCCUGCUUUCCCUGAUGAAGAUGAGGAAAUCGAUGAGGAAGAAGCCGAAGGUUUGGACGCCAAGUUGGAAGCCGAUUACGAAAUGGGUGAAGAAUUCAAGGACAAGGUCAUUCCCCACGCCAUUGACUAUUUCACUGGCAAGGCACUUGAAUACGAAGAUUUUGAAGGCGAUGAAGACUUUGAUGAUGAUUUCUAUGAUGAAGAUGAGGAUGAGGAAGAAGAUGAUGAUGAAGAGGAUGAGGACGACGAUGAUGAUGACAAUACUCAACCUACCAAGGGUGAAAAUGCACCUGAAUGCAAGCAAUCUUAG